CAUCAGAUCCAUCCCAGCGUCCCUCUCACUCAGGAAUCGAGUAUUAGCGCAGCACCCUCUUUUCUCACCGCUAACGGUCUGACUCCCAGUCCGACUUUAGUCAAUGUGAGUGGCGUUAUUGGUUCGAACCCUCAGAGUGUCGCCAAUGAUCGUUUGCAUGGCCCUCUCGGAGGACCCCAUUCUGAAUUCCAAAAUGUGUUGGUCAAUGUCGAUAACGAUACAGCCGAGCUUCAACGGCGACAGCAACAGCUUCAGGUUCAUACAAGUCAGGGCAUGCCUACUCAGCAUCAGCUACAUCUUUCACAAGUGGUAAGUCCUCAUAUGCAGCCAGGCCAAAUCCAGACAUCACAUUCGCAGCAACAGAUGCCAGCACAACAGCAUCUUGCGAGUGGAACGCCUAAGGAUCAGACACAAUCAACGCCACGCAUGUUUGUGGACCAGACUCAACAACAUCCCAUGGCUACUGCUGCUACAGCCGCAGUCACUGUCUCCUCUCAACACCAACAACUACAGCAUUCACCUGCACAGACCCCUGCCCAUUUAGUGGAUCAACACCAGCUGCAGCAGCAAUGGCAUCUGCCGCAUAUUCAACAACAGCAACCGCCUCAUCAACACCAGCAACACCAAAUGCAACAGCAGCAAUCAAUAAUCACUGCUCACGAGCACGAUCUCAAUAGUCUUCGAGCCCAAGUUCCGCAACAGCAGCCACAUUUGCAUCACCAAAUACAACAACCAACUUCCUCGACAGUGACACAACCACAGUCUCAUCAUGGACAUGUAUCUUUGGCCUCUGUUCAUCCGCAACAGCAAUCUAGACCGCAUGUUCACUCUCAUCUCCAUACACAUAUCACUGAUUCUUCAAUGCAGAGACAGCAUCAACAACAGCAAACAUAUUCUAUGGCCGGACAAGCUCGGCAAGCAGAUGUGGCUUCGGCAUCCAUUAAUCAUGAUCACACAAUGGGCGGUCACUUGGCCCUUAUUAUGAAUGAUGAAGAGCAGAGGACAGCAACAGCUACAAUGACUUCCAAGGCGGCUAGUGGAAUGCUAACGCAUUGA